CGCCGACCCUUCUCCAUGUCGAGCGCCUCGGGAUGAUGCAAAGCGCCGACAUGGUGUCGUAACCCAGUGAGGUCAUGAAGCUAGCAGCGACGCCAGUGCCAGCAGAAACCGACGGGACCGAAGAUACGUCAUGGCUUGGCCUCACGUCUUCAUAACCAAGCCUGCCAGGCUCAGCUCGUGCCAGGGCCCUUUUAAACCCCGGGUACCGUACGACGACGCUCGUGUUCCUAAUACAUAUUAACCGACUGCAUCUCUGCUGACACUGUGGCUGCACGACAUCCCUCACCAUGGCAGGCCCCGCUAGACCAUUGCUCGCCCUCGCUUCGCUCAUCCUCGUGGCUGCCGGCAUUCUUUUCCAGUUCCUGACCAUCUUGACUGGCGGCGUCAACAGCUCGCCCCUCGACAAGUUCUACUUCCUGCAAGCCUCGACAAGCGGCAUCCCCAACGCCCGCAAUCCUUCGCGAUGGACCUUCUUCGCCAUCUGCGGCGAGAACCCGAGCACCGGGCGCAACUCUAACUGCGGAGCCCCCGUUCCGGCCCUUCCAUUCGACCCGCCCAGGAACUUUGGCACCGAGCAGAAUGUACCCGAGCAGUUCCUCGGUACCCACAAGUACUUUUAUCUGUCUCGCUUCAUGUUCGCCUUUUACCUCAUUGCCCUCUUCUUCGCUGCUGUUGCUCUCGCCUCGGGUCUUUUGGCAGUCUGCAGCCGUCUGGGAGGGUACCUCUCAUCUCUCAUGACCUCUGUCGCUCUCUUCUUCCAGAUUCUCGCUGCUUCGCUCAUGACGGCAUGGGUUGUUAAGGGCCGUGAUGCAUUCCGAUCCGCCGGCUUCGAGGCCCGCAUUGGCCGCUACUUGAUGGGCUUUACAUGGGCUGCCGUAGCCUGCUUCUUCCUCGCCACCGUCAUGUUCUGCCUUGGUGGCCGUCUUGGUAGCGACAGCUCUUCCAAGAUGCGUCGAAACCGCUCCACAAAGUCGAACCGCAGCCGCGGAAGCUUUUUGGACACCGACUCGCAGCGCCGGGUCAAGAGCGACUACUCUGUCUAGAUGAAGAGCCACUUCUGUCUAGAGGAAGAUAUUAUUGAAGCGCCGAAGAUGUAGGAGACAUUCUGCCAGACGACUUUCCUUUGCCUAACGAUAUCCAUGAUUUGAUUCACGUGUACGAUACAUUCAUCUAGUUAGUAGCGAGUAACAACGUAAUACAAGUACAUACAUAGCC